UCCCUACUCAAGGAGAUGCAGCACAGCAACAUCGUCAGGCGGCACGACGUCCAGCACAACGACAAGUGCGUAUACCUCGUCUUCGAGCACCUCGACCUCGACCUCAAGAAGCACAUGGACUCCAACCCGGACUUCAAGAACCACCGCAUAGUCAAGGUCAGAUUCUCCAUCCUACGGGGCAUCGCGUACUGCCACUCGCACCGCGUGCUCCACCGCGACUUGAAGCCGCAGAAUCUGCUGAUAGAUCGCCGUGCCAACCUGCUGAAGCUCGCUGACUUUGGAUCGGCAAGGGCGUUCGGCAUUCCUGUUCGGACUUUAACUCAUGAGGUGAUGACGCUUUGGUAUAGAGCACCUGAAAUUCUUCUUGGUGCGAGGCAUUAUUCUACAUCAGUUGAUGUGUGGUCAGUUGGUUGCAUUUUUGCUGAAAUGGUGAACCAGGAGCCUCUUUUUCCUGGGGAUUCUGAGAUUGAUGAGCUGCAUAGGAUUUUCAGUAUUUUGGGCACUCCAAAUGAAGAAACUUGGCCUGCAGUUGCUUCAUUACUGGAUUACAGAUCAACAUUCCCGAAGUGGCCAUCUGUGGAUCUUGCAACAGUGGUCCCAACACUUGAACCUGCAGGAAUUGAUCUUCUAUCCAAAAUGCUACGUCUAGACCCGAGCAAGAGGAUCAACGCCCGGGAAGCACUCCAGCACGAGUACUUCAAGGAUCUCGAAAUAGCGUAGUAGAUCUGUCAUGCCCGCUCCCCCCCCCCCCCCCUGUACAUUAGCAUUUGCAUUGCUUGGCCCGGCCGAGUCCUCCUUUUUUGCUGCUGCGCUAAUUUAAGAUGGUGUCUGGUCCUAUUAUUGACUUGUUGUGUAGAUAGAUGAGAGCAGAAGGUUAUCUAUCCCGGUAUCCUCAAUGUCGCAAUUUUGCUCGCUUAUGUGUGGGGCGCUGUGGACUUUUCUCGUGCCCUGAAUCCUGAUGCUGCUGAUGCCCACUUCUGUGCGUUAGCUGGUGCU